GCUGCUGUGUGCUCCAGUCACGCCCUGCUCCUUUAUUUCCGUGUUCCGAUCCGCCCAAGGGCAAGCUGUGUCUGCUCGGUAGUGAGGUUCAGUGAUGGCUCGACUGCUGCUCAGAGGCACUCUGAGAGGAUACUUCUCCUCACCGCUCCGGAUGAUGGGAUCCGAUCAGCUGGGUGAUCUGGGGGGAGGAGCAGGGAAAGGUGGAGGAGCAGGAGGCUCGGUGAGGGAAGCCGGAGGAGCUUUGGGGAAGAAGGGCGCGGUGGAGGAGGAGCGCUAUUUCAAGCAGAAGGAGAAGGAGCAGCUGGCGGCUCUGAAGAAGCAUCAUGAAGAAGAGAUCGAUCAUCAUAAGAAGGAGAUCGAGCGUCUGCAGAGAGAGAUCGACAGACACAAGGGCAAGAUCCGGAAACUCAAACACGACGACUGAAGCACUACCAUCAUCUCCAUCACAAUAUUUCACGUCUCGUGCCUGAGAGCCCGUCUCUCUCUGUAACCGCCGUCCAUCACAUGAUCCACGCUUUAGGAGGAAACCGCAAAAACCUGCUGUCUCGGUGAUUUAAAUCUGUAGCACACGGCAGUUCUGCUCUGAUCGAAACCACAUGAUGCUGAGGAUUUACAGUCCUGGGUGAAAUAUUCUGAUUAUAGAAUGGUUCAGUCUUUCUUACAUUAAAACCAUUAAAAAAAAAUGUGUUACUUGAAA